ACGUGACUCCCCCCCCCCCGCCUGCGCGCACUUCCAGCUGCCAUCCGGACGCGCGUGCGCGACGCGUUGACGCGUGCGCAGUGGAAUCCAGCGUGGCGACCCGGCAGAGGGCCACCGGCCUCGGGCCCUGAGAUCAGGGCGGGGCGUCCGACAUCCCAGCGCGAAUCGCCCGAGGAGGCGGGUACAGAGGCUCAGGGACGCGCCCAAGGUCACCCAGCCCGGAGCCCAAGCCCAGGAAUCGAGGGAGGAGGGUGGAAGCCAAGCGGUUAGCCCUCGGAGGCCCCUCAGCAGCAGCUGAGCAGGUGAGGGGUCCUCAGACCCCCGCCGACACCCCUCCAGGAGCCCCUGUAGAAAGGCUCGGCCGCCGGAGUUGUCGGGAACCCGGAUGUGAAGCGGAUACACGUGCUCGCGAACCCAGGCAGCUGUGCUCGCGGAGUGAUCUCAGGCGGCUCCUAUGCUGAGACACAGGAGCGUCAGGCCUGUGCUGCUGCUGCUGGCUCAGCUCCCCAGGACUCAGCACGGGCUCUCUCAGCUCAAGGCCUCCACCCUCCUGAAGACUCCUGGAGGCGAGGCCCUCCAUGUGAGGUGCCGGCUCUUGUCAAGGCAGGGCCCUGCAGAGACAGGCAGGCAGGGCCAGCCCCGGGGCCCUGGGCUGCGCACUAGGCUGCUGGUCACGGCCUUAUUUGGGGCGGGGCUGGGUGGGGCCUGGCUGGCCAUGAGGGCUGAGAAGGAGCGGCGGCAGCAGCAGCGGCGGACAGAGGCCCUGCGCCAGGCCUCCGUGGGCCAGGGAGACUUCAGCCUGCUGGACCACCAGGGCCAGGCUCGCUGCAAGGCCGACUUCCGAGGCCAGUGGGUGCUGCUGUACUUUGGCUUCACUCACUGUCCCGACAUCUGCCCUGACGAACUGGAGAAGCUGGUGCAGGUGGUGCGGCAGCUGGAGGCCCAGCCCGGCCUGCCCCUGGUGCAGCCCGUCUUCAUCACUGUGGACCCCGCGCGGGACGAUGUUGCUGCCAUGGCCCGCUACGUGCAGGACUUCCACCCGCGGCUCCUGGGCCUGACCGGCUCGGCUGAGCAGGUGGCCCAGGUCAGCCGCAGCUACCGUGUGUACUACAGUGCCGGCCCCAAGGACGCGGACCAGGACUACAUCGUGGACCACUCCAUCGCCAUCUACCUGCUCAACCCCGACGGCCUCUUCACAGACUACUAUGGCCGGGCCAGGUCGGCCGAGCAGAUUGCAGACAGUGUGCGGCGCCACAUGGCUGCCUUCCGCAGCGUCCUGCACUGACCUGGAUCAUUAAAGGGUGUGGUGGAGCUG